AUGAAGUCCCUCCAGGACAGCCUCCGCACUCUUAAGCAGGAGCACUCCGUCCUCCAGAAGGACUAUGAGACCCUCUCUGCUGAAAAGGUGGAGCUCGUCUCUGACAAGGUCUGGCUCACCGAGCAGCUCAACUCCGCUCGCUCUGCGGCACACUGGGGUACCGAGAGCUUUGAGCAGCUACAGCACUCGCCGGGCAACAGUCAGCUUGUCCGCCGUAUCCAGGAGCUCGAGACCGAGCUCAGCGGCUUCAAGGCGGGCGCGUCUGCCUUGUGCAUUGAAAAGCAAGAUGACCGCAGCAUGACCACCAAGAUGGCCGAGAGUUCCAAGGUCAAGCCCUCAGAGCCCAAGGACAGCAGGGUUAUAAACCUGCCCGACUCCUUCAUCUACGAGGAGUCCAGGUCCAUCUCCCAGAAGCAGGGCGAACUGCCCCAGACCCCGAAGCAGACCCUAACCUCCCAAAGCUUCGGCAAGGAGCAGGGGAGGACCCCGCUUCUGCAGGCCUAUCGCAGGCGCAGCAUCGAGCACGCUAACCUACGCAGUCACUCGCUAAGCAACGACCCGCAGCCUAGGCAGCAGAGCAUCGUGUCUAUCUACCGUAGGGGUAGCAGGGGGCGCCGGGUCAGGACGAUCGACGAUGAGCCCAGCAGCGGCUCCAAAAUUCUGAGGCCUAGUAAAAGCCCUUUAAAGACAGCUGCCAAAAAAAGCAGUCCACAAAAGAUCAGCUUUGAGAUCGAGAUCGGAAAGAGCCUGUCAGCGACCAGCAACUACUGCGACCAUCUGAUCGUGGGAGUGGGUGACCAUCUGGCCUACCGCUACGAGAUCCUGUAGAUCCUGGGCAAGGGCGCUUUCGGGAAGGUGGUCAGAGCCUUUGAUCACAAGACGAAGGAGGUCAUGGCGGUCAAGAUAAUCGUCAACAAGAAGAAGAUGCUGCAGCAGGGGCUGGUCGAGGUCAAGAUCCUCAAGGAAAUCAGGGCUAAGGACAAGCUGUCCAACGGCAACAUGCUGGCCUUCAUCGACUCUGCCGUGUUCAGGCAACAUAUGCUGAUCGCCACUGAGAUGCUACACUGCACGCUUUACGAGUUCCUGGAGAAGCGGAGGUUUGUGGGGGUGAGUGUCGAUCUCAUCCGGAAGGUGAGCAUCCAACUGUUCCAGGCACUGUUCUUCCUCAGGGCCAACCGGAUCGCGCACUGCGACAUCAAGCAGAACAUUAUGUUCAAGGCCUGUGACAAGUCCGGCCUCAAGCUGAUCGACUUCGGGUCGGGUUGUUACUCGCAUGCGAAGGUCUACACCUACGUGCAGAGCAGGUUCUACAGGGCUCCGGAGGUCAUCCUGGGCUAUGACUAUGGGUGCGAGAUCGAUGUGUGGAGUGCGGGCUGCGUGCUGGCGGAGCUGGCGAUCGGCCUGCCCCUGUUUCCCGCGGAGUCGGAGCGGAACAGAGGCCUGGGCACCACAGACCCUGAUUUCUUGGACUUCAUCAGGCGCUGCUUCGAGUGGCACCCCAGCAAGCGCCUGACCCCUGAGCAGGCCCUCCUCCACAACUUCAUCAUAAACGGGCUGCCGAGCAGCGUGCGUGCCGAGCACAUCCGAGAGAUGCGGGGCCAGAACCCAUACGGCCUGGGGUAG